AUGCACCAGCUGCUCCCAUGGUUUCACGUGACCCUGAUAGGGGCUGCUUAUAUUAAACUCUACCUUCUGGAGAACGGGGUCUGCAUUGCGAAAAAGAAGACCAAGAGUGUGCAUAAAUCUCUCGACCCGCUGUACCACCAGAUCCUGGUCUUCAGUGAGAGUCCACAGGGCAAGAUCUUGCAGGUAAUUGUGUGGGGCAACUAUGGCAGGAUGGACCGCAAGUGCUUCAUGGGGGUGGCCCAGGUCUUGCUGGAAGAGCUGGAUCUCUCGAGCUCGGCCACCGGCUGGUACAAGCUCUUCCCGACCUGCUCCAUGGUGGAGCCACCACUGGCCCCUCUGCUGCGCAAUGCCUCUCAGCUCUCCCUGGAGAGCACCAUCGGACCUUGCUGUGACCGAUCCUAG